GCCAGAGACGCUGAGUGCCACGUUGCGUCCAUUUAGCAGAGACAAGGAAUUAAUGCAACAGCAUCCAAACAAGAGUAGGCGAGCGUCAGCAGUCGGAGCUGGGGCAAGCCUUAUUAACCUUUCUCUAAGCCGGCACCUCAAAGAAAAUAAAGCAAAAUGUUAACCGACAGUAUAAUUGAAGAGUUUGAACUCCGGGAGGAGGAACCGUGGUACCAGCAGCAGCAGAAUAUGGAGCACGACCUACACCUGGCAGCUGAAUUAGGGAAAACUUUGUUGGAUCGCAAUACAGAGUUGGAGGAAGCCCUUCAGCAGAUGUACGGUACCAACCAGGAACAGCUCCAAGAGAUUGAGUAUCUCUCAAAACAGAUAGAGCUCCUCCGUCAAAUGAACGAACAACAUGCUAAGGUUUACGAGCAGCUCGAUGUGACUGCUCGAGAGUUGGAGGUGACCAAUCAAAAACUUGUUACGGAAAGCAAGACAUCGCAGAGUAAGAUAAUAAGCUUGGCAGAGACGAUUGAGGGUCUACAAUCUCACGUAGAUGAGCUCCAGAGACAAUUGGAGGAGCUGAAGGAUGGCUCACGAAAGGAGGGAACUGAGCAAAAGAGGGCAAUGCAUAGCCUUCCAUGCCUGAAAGAGCUGUACGAUCUUCGGAAGUAUUUUGUGUAUGAUCACCUGUUUGCUGCAGAGAUCACAUCUGAUGAAGCCCAGGUUAGUCCGUUGGAGGACGAAAAUGAGAGGUUGAAGAAGAAUAUGAGCAUGUUGCAGGCUCAGUUGACCCUGGAGAGGCAGAGGAGGGAGAGUGUGGAGCAGGAGUAUUCCCUGCUCCUGAAAGAAAACAGUGAGCUGGAGAAAAGCCUCUCCAAUUUGGAUGACUACAAACAAAGUAUCCAAGAGCUGGAGAAUAAAGUGGUGGAAUUACGUCAGAGAAGUCGAGGAGCCGCUGACUUUGUCAGUGUGGUGGACAAUCUUCUCCCCGAAUCUUUCCUGUUUUCUGGGAAAGAUUCUUUGGACCUUGUGCAUUUCUCUGGGAUCAAGGUUUGUGUGAAUGGAGAGAGUUUGCAGACUGAGCAUGGGCCACCGAACCCCAGCGAGGCCCUGCUGAAGAGCAGCUCUGAUGAAGAUCUGCUAAAGGGCCACGAGCAGACAUGCAUCCGGAGGGCUGAGGCUGUGCGCCAGCGAGGCAUCUCGCUCCUGAAUGAGGUGGACGAGCAGUACAUCGCCCUGCAGUUGAAAUACAAUGAGCUGCUGAGCAGGUGCCAUCGCCCGGGAGAUGCCCUGAGCCACAAAGCCGUGCAGACCUCUCGGCGCCUCUCCCAGGACCAGUCUGGGAAAACACCCCAGAAUGACCAGCAAAUCUCAGCUAGUGAAGAGCCCCUGAGGAGCGAGUCAGCUGCCUGCACUGCUCAGCUUCCCAUUAUGGAACUGCCCAGCUCAUCCAGUAACACCCAGCCAGAAUACAAAAUUUUGUUCAAAGAAAUUUUCAGUUGUAUCCGCAAAACAAAAGAAGAAAUCAAUGAAAACCGAUUGAAAUACAAAUCCAUCUCCUUGCAAUAUCCAGUUGUAGGUCAGUUACAGCAAGAGGAAUAGGGAAAUUACAAGUAUUGUAUCUGUAGUUACAAUAAAGCAUUAGGAACUGAAAAGCCACAAGAAACCUCAUGUAACUUAUUUUGCAUGAAAAAGUAUAUUGCUUUACAACUCUGGCGCCCAAUUAGAGGGAAGACAUAAAGGGAUCCAAGAACUUAGAGGAUCUAUUUGAUCGACAAGUAUUUGUAAAUCAGUUGGCGAGUGUGUAUGAGAGUGACUUUCUCAUCCAAAGAAAGUCAAUUUCUUUUUUAUAAACUUAUUUCUACCUUUAGAUUGUCUGAUUAUUGUGGAUUUUCUAGCUGUAGGAGAUCUUGAGAUACUGAAAUAAAUAGUUAAUAUAUAUGUUGGGGGGGAGGUGAAGGUAUUUUCUGAUGUAGCCCGAAGACCUGCGGAGCAGGAAAGACCUUUCUGUCAGUCCCAGGACUUCACUGAGUGGGCUGGUCUCCUUUUAUAGUAGGUGUGCUACUUUGGCCGGGAUUAUUGGUGCCAGGGUUGCAACCUCUGUGCGCUGCACAAUGACGUUCAUUAGAACUUGUCUGUGUGAAAUUAGAUGAGGAAAGAAUGUGCUGACCCCAUGGUCCAAUAGCCUGCUACCAGUUGAUAUCAGGACUUGCACAUAAAACAUGACUAUGGUAAAGUAUGCUGGAACUGCUUCCUAGCAUAAAUUGACCCCCUUUUAUUUGGAGGAGGAGAGUAACAGGAAAUAAGGGGCUUUUUGGAAACAAUGUUUAGUGAGGUUGUCUUCAGAACAGACUGGUGUAUAGCUCUUUGCUGUUCAAUGAAUGAAGAUGUAUAGGAGCAAAACUGUUUUUUGUCGUUCAGUUAUGUAUUGCUGGACAUUCCGAUUGUGCAAUACUGUGUACUUCUGAAUCUCUCUUCACUCAAAUGUGCAAUUGUGAAGUGAAGUUGGCACAAGAUGAAUGCUCUGCUUCCUUGUGUGAAAAGUGCAGGAGGCCACAUCUGGAAAAAUGCAUCAAACUUUAUCUGACAGCCAAGCAAUGCUGGCAGAGGAGGUGGGGUGGGGGGGGGUGGAGGAGCUUGCAUUUUAUAAACACCUUUCAGGGUGUCCCAAAGUGCUUUACAGCCAAUUGAGUUACUUUUUGAAAUGUAGUCUCUAUAAUGUAGGAAAUGUCAAUUUAAGACAGUAAGCUCCCACAAACUGCUAUGUGAUAGAGAGCAGAUGAUUUUUUUUUUGAGGGAUAAAUCUUAUCCAGGGCACAGGAACCUCUCUACUCUUCAAAAUAUGAAUUCACACAAUGUGGAUUCUAAUAGUAUUUUGUUUAAAAUUGUGAGCUCAGAUACUGAGUAAAAGGGGUAGAAGUUCUUACUUAGACUUAGUAUUUCCUGGGUCUAGAUAUGCAUGAGACAGAUAAAGCACUCCAUUCUCUCCUGGCCAUAGCCAGUGUUCUUGUGAUGCUCCAGCGUCUGUUGACCAGCUGGGGAUCUUUACUGGCAGUCUGGCACCAGUUCACCCACUUCUACAUUCUGUAGGAGCCCAGUGCAUGACCUGAUGGGCAGGCUGUGAUGACAGAUGUUGGUUGAUAUGGCCAAGCCAUGUUUACAGCUGCUUAAAAAUAGUUAUAGAAUGUGUGAACACACUGGGUAAUUGCAAUGGAGAAGGGAGUAUGUUGGCAGCUGCAGUGUUUGUGUUUGAACUGGCAAACUAGAAAAUGCUGCAAACACUCAGCAGGUCAGCAUCAGUGGAGAGAGGAGUUGACAUUACACUUGACUUUAUCAGAACUUGAUCACAGGAUGGUUAAAGAAGGGGAGGGAGAGAAAUGACCAGGCGAGAGGAAAUGCAUCAAUUUGUAAAGUGCUUGUGUGGAAAAUAAAUCAGGGUGAUAUUGGUAAGAGACAAUACUUAGGAACAGGCAGUAUUUGAUUUCAGGUUUGUGGUGAGCUGAUGUUUGAGCGAAGGAAUUAGGUGUGAAAUGGGAUUUGGGUUUGCUGGAAACUGGCAGAGUGAGAGGGUGGGUGAAGAAUAAAAUACACAAGUGGAAGAAUGGGAAAAGAAAUGGUCAGAACUCUCGAGCAUUAGCUAGUGGCACCCUCCUGGGAGGUGACUGUGACACCUGAGUAAUAUGUGAACUUGGUUGAUCUACUGACUCAGGGUUCACACAUGAAGAGUGAGAGCUGAGGUACUGCAAGUGAUCCAUCACUCCUAUACUGGCAGGAGUCACUGAGGGAAGAAAGGGGAAAAGAAAUAGAAGCACAUUGGAAUUAAAUCUCUACUAAAUUCAGGUGUUCAGCUUGGCUUAAUUACGUUCAACUCUCAAUCCUUGCACCAAUAAACAGCUCAGUCACUCUACAUUGAGACAUGUUCUGAAACUAGGAUGGAUAAAAGUUUGCAAUUUGUUUUUAUAACAAUUGCAGAAGUUUGUGAAAAUAACCACAUUGUCCAUGUCUUUCAUUCACUUUAAAUAAAGUGUGCUGUAGAUUAUGAAGCCAGUGGAAACUUAAACUUCUGUGGUGCUACUGAGACGUGUCCAUGUGUGUCUCAUAUAUGAUUAUAGGAGCUGACUGAGCUUUUGUGAAUUAAUGAACAAGUUGUGUGUCUUUUCUUAAUGUCUCAAUUCAAAACAGGAGGUCCAAAAUGAGUUUAUAUUUGAAUGUUGGUCUGUGUUCUGUAUGGCAAAGUAAAAUUGUACUGGAAUUGCUGAUUAUAUUUAGCAUCUAGUCUCACCUGCUCUCACUGUCCCUGAAAUAAUU